GCAGUGGAUGGGGUGGAGCCGCUGGGUGGGGUCUGGGACAGGCAGCUGGGAGAAACCAAAAGGAAGAAAAAAGAAAACCAUUGCCCGUGAUUCCACUGCUUCUGGGCGAGAGAAGCGAGUGACAAAGAGGGUUUUAGAGCUUACCUCCACUCCCACCACUGGCUAACUCUCUCACGCCCUUCUGUUUUGUCUUAAGAUCAUUAAAAAUCGAGGGUACACCGGCACUAGUCGGUUCUCGGUCCCCUAACUCUUCACUGAGCUAGGUUUGUAGACGGAGGGAGUGGGGAGCCCAGGUCCACCGGCUCAGUCCAGGCGCCGUCCGUCCGUCCGUCCGUCCGUCGCCCCGGGCCCGGGGCUGGGAGGAAAGGAUGCCUUCGGAAGCGCAGAACCCCAAACUUGAAAAUAAUUCUCUGUGACAAAAGGACAAAAAAAAAGACAUAAAAUGGAAGAUAUGGAUCAACUCAUAAACAACUUGGAGGUCCAACUUAACUCAGAAAGUAGCUCAAUGCAGGUGUUCAAACAGGUCACUGGCCCAGUUCAGAUCAGAGAUACCCCUGUGACAUCAGACAGAAGUAAUAUGACAUCUUUACCACUCCUAGAUACCAGCUCUAUUGAGAACCCAACACUGUUUAAUGACAUCAAGAUUGAGCCCCCAGAAGAACUCCUGGCUAAUGAUUUCAACUUGCCCCAGGUGGAACCAGUUGAUCUCUCUUUUCACAAACCCAAGGCUCCACUCCAGCCUGCUAGCAUGCUGCAAGCUCCAAUACACCCUCCCAAGACACCAUCUUCUACCCAGACCAUUGUGGUAUCUACUUCCACAUCUGAUACAAGCACUUCAGCAAACAUCCCUACCGUUCUGACUCCAGGGUCCAUCCUGGCUUCCUCUCAGGGCACUGGUGGCCAGCCAAUUUUACAUGUGAUUCACACCAUCCCUUCAGUCAGUUUGCCAAACAAAAUGGGAGAGCUAAAGACCAUUCCUGUGGUGGUUCAGUCUCUUCCUAUGGUGUACACCAGUUUGCCUGCAGAUGGGAGCCCUGCAGCCAUUACAGUCCCACUCAUUGGAGGAGAUGGCAAAAAUGCUGGAUCAGUAAAAGUUGACCCCACUUCCAUGUCACCACUGGAGAUUCCAAGUGAUGGUGAUGAGAGUGCAAUUGAGAGUGGAUCUUCAGCCUUACGGAGUCUGCAGGGAUUGCAACAAGAAUCAGCAACAAUGGCCCAAGUGCCAGGAGAAGAAUCACUUGACUUGAAGAGAAGACGGAUUCACCAAUGUGAUUUUGCAGGAUGCAGCAAAGUGUACACCAAAAGCUCUCACCUGAAAGCUCACCGCCGGAUCCAUACAGGAGAGAAACCUUAUAAAUGCACCUGGGAUGGCUGCUCCUGGAAAUUUGCUCGCUCUGAUGAGCUUACCCGUCAUUUCCGCAAGCACACAGGCAUCAAACCCUUCCGGUGCACAGACUGCAACCGCAGUUUUUCUCGAUCUGACCACUUGUCACUGCACCGUCGGCGGCAUGAUACCAUGUGAAUGUCAUCAUAGGCCACACAUCAGAGGAGCUGCAGUGGUCUCGUGUGUGUGUGUGUGUGUGUGUGUGUGUGUGUGUGUGUGUGUGUGUGUCUGUGCGUGUUGAGGCCAAGAUUAUUUUUUCCUCUUUGAUUACAACUUGCCCCAGUUAUGGGGUUAGAACAGCCUACUGAGCCAAAUUUAGGAGACGGAAGAAAAAGUUAGCUGGUCUCCCAUGGGGCUCUUCAUCUUCCACUUUCACCUUUCCACUGUCAAGACUUCAAUUUUUUCAACCUCUUCAUGGGUUGAAUUCCAGUGUGGCACCCAUGGCUGCCCACCCUCUAAUACCCCCUGCUAUUUAAUAGACAUGUUUUUCUACAAUAACGAAACAAGACUCAAACUAAAGGCUGUGAACAAACCUACGCUGCUCUCCUAUUUUCUCUUGUUUUCUAGAACUUUUAUCCAUAUAUAUGGAUAAUAUAUAUAUAUAUUUAUAUGUGUAUAAAUAUAUAUCAGUACUUAAAGGCAGUUGAUCGUGUCCUAAAAUUAGAUUUUUUUCAAAUUCAUAGAUAAUAGGGGUCAUAAAAAUAUAGUUGAUUGGUAAGAUUUACAAAGAAUUGGGUCCUAAAUACAGAUUUUGUAGAUCCAGUCUUCUUAUAGUUUGGUCUUGGAAUGGCACUUGUCUUCUUAAGUCCAUCAAAGGAAAUGAAGGGAUUUUUUUGUCCUCUUUCUCCUCUUUAUGCUCUUUUAAGAUUAAAAAAUUGGCACAAUUACAUUAUUUUUAGGUUAAAUUUGGACAAAUAUUCAAUGUACACAAAGACGGAUCAGUAGGGAGAAGUGUUCUAGGAAAAUAUACUGGGCAGUGAUGGGAAGAGGCAGACCUAGGAUUAUCCUGUGAACCAAGAGAGGGUAAAUUUUUUUUAAACAUAAGCUGUCAAAACUACUAUUCAUCCCAGACCUCAUUCACAUGGCAGCCUUUUGAGAUAGUGUAUUCAUCAGGCUGCACUGUACUGCUUAUUAUUUUGUUUAUAGAAAUCAAUUACUCAUUUUAUUACCUGAUGAGAAAUUGCACACUGAGAUCAUGUUAUACAGUGCUAAAAGGUCAGAGAAAUGAAAAUUUUUUGCUAUAUGCCAUCACUGGCAGUCAUUCCUCUAUUUUGAAUGGACUAUGAGUCUUUUUGUAGUAACUGACAUACAAAAAGCAAUUUGAUGUUUUACAACUGCUAUGAACACCGAAGCCAUUUCUUUUAGUCAUUACAGUAGGUUGCAUAAUUACAUUUGGUUGCCCAAUGAGACUGUUUCAUAAUAUUCUCUGAGACAUAAAACCCUCUGUUUCUGCCCUGGACCUCAGAUCUACCUCCACAUGGCAUAUUUCCCUACCUGUGGUAAGAGGAGAUGGGCUUUAUAUCGAUUGUGUUGGACUCAUCCUCUUUCCUAAAGGUUAUUUUCAUAGUGAAUCCUUGAUUCUUGGCAGACAGUAACAAGCUCCUGCUUAAAUACUUCAAGUUACUACCUCCUGUGGCUGUCCAUUCUGACUAAAUCAUAGAAUUCUAGCAUCAGAAAGGUAUCCUGUUAGCUUUCUAGUUUUACCCAUCCCUCAUGUUUUACAGAUAAGAUAAAUACGGGUCAGAUUCUUUUUCCAGAUGUUUCCUAGAGGCCUUAUAGACCUAUAUGCUUCUUCUCCCAGGGAUUACAUUGUUAAACCAAAUUAAAGGAAAAUCAUGUAAUUGGUUGCAAUAUUUGUCCAAUUUUAUAUAUACUUCAGAAAUUUUUAGAUGACAAAAAAAUCAUUUAUAGUUCAUGCCAGUCAAAUGGUGUUUAACAUUAGGCACAUUGUGUUUCUAUUAUCCCACUUUGAUAAUGUCUGGAUUUUUAUUUACCUCAUAUCAAGUUGCAAUGUUUUUCCAGACCAGAAACCCUCCAUAAGUUUAAGGACUGCUUGUAAUUUUCAGGAUGACACUUUAGGUUUUACUAUUAUUAUUAUCUUGGUAUGGAUUUUUUCAUGACUUUUGGUGUAUAAAUUCCAAGCUCUAUACUCAUUACGAAAGCACUACUAAAUACCUAGGGCCAAUCUAUUAAUGGAGACUUCUAUGUAACUGUAAGACAGAUUGGUAAAUGUGAAUUGCCAUCUUGCAUGGAUUUAAGCUUACAAUUGAGUAGUUAAUACUAUAUUAUAGAAUAGAGCCCAAAAUCUUACCCACUUGCUCCAGUCUGGAAUCCAAGAUUUGCUUUCCAGAGUUAAAAUUGGCAUGUGCACCUUAGACCUCAGGAACUUUUGAAUUGGGACUAGGAUCUUUUCUUAAAUUAUGGCUGUCAAAUUAUUGUACUUAGUGUGAUCAAAUUAGGAUCCCAAACAUUAGUGUUCCUGGCAUUGCUGAGCCUUUAUUCAAAUAUUUUUACUCUGCAAAUGCUUUGUUAAUUGUAUAUAGUCAAGAAGUAAUUUUAACCCUAUUUUCAUUGCUUUUUCUUCAAAAAUGAUAAAAGAUCUUUCCCAUCAUGAAUAUAUGCUUUAAGAUGUGGGUCAAGAUUCAUUAAGGGAAUCUCAUAGAGUAAAUACAGUACAGUGCAGCUACUGCAGCAAAAGCACAGAAAACUUUGCCACACAGUGAAGUGGAAAGGAAGGAAAUGUAUCUCUCUUAGUGAAUACUUGGGGUGUAAUUGAGUUUGAUGUGCUUACACUAACAAAGCACUGUUAGUAUGACAUUUGCCUAGGAUAUGGAAAUGGCCUUAUUGAUAUGAGCAGAUAGUAUUCAGAAAUAUGUUGUAGUGAAAUUCCACCUGCUAUAGAUAAUUGACAUUUAAACAUAACUUGAUAAUUAAAAGUUGUAAAUUUUAGGAAAUCAAUGAGGAAUAUGAACUACGUGGGUAGAUUUGGUGGAGUUUGUUAUAUGCAAGAUAUAUGGGUUUGUGAUAAGAAUUUUAUUUAAAUACACUUUCCAUUUUAGAACUCUUAGGUUUUCAAGAAAAAUGUGAAGAUAGAACAGAGUUCCUAUUUAUGCCACAUCUAGUUUCUUCUGCUAUUAACAUCUUACAUUAAUAUGGUACAUUUGUUAAAAUUAAUGAAGCACUAUUGAUACAUUCAUAUUAAUUGAAUUAAAUACUUUAUUCGGAUUAUCUUAGUUUUUUUUUUUUUUUUACCUACUAUGCUUGUUCUGUUUCAUUAUCUCCUUCAGGCUGCCACAUUGCAUUAAUAAUCACAUGUCCGGAAAACCUCCAAUUUGUUGUGACACCUUCUCAAAUUUACUUUGUGCUCAAGGACCUUAAGAGUUUUGAAAAGUCUGUUUUUCUACUUGUAUUUAUUGAUACUUUUCUGGGUUAAUAGAUUUGGGGCAGGAUGACUACACAGCUGAAUUACUAUUUUCAUCAUGCCAUAUUUACAUUACAUCAUUCCUGAUGUUAUCCUUAAUCACAUGGCAGAGAUAGUGUGUAUCACCUUUCUCCCAGAUAACCUUUGUCUUCUCUCCCAUGCUGUACUCUGGAAGGAAGUCACUAUGUACAUAGCCCACAGUUGAGGAUGGUGAGUUAUUCACCAUGUCCAUGAGAGAAAGUAUUUACAUAAAUUAUUUGGAAUUUUUCUGCCUGCAAGAUUUAUCUUCUCUCCAUUUAUUUAUUUAUAUAAUUGUUUAUGUCAGCAUGGACUCGUGGAUAUUUAUUUUAUAGUUUACCUUAUAAUUCAGUGCAGUUUUAUAUUGUUGUUCAAAUUGUAGCUGUGGUCUCAGGAGAUAUUUUGCUUUCACUCCCAUGUCCUUUGGAUAUAACCCAUCAUUUUUUCAGAAUAUUUAAUUUCUGGCACUGCAGCAUGUGGUAGGUUUUUUUUUUUUUAAUUGGCAGGAGCACUUCUAUAAUCAGCCUUUUCUUCAGUGAGUUCUGAUUCUUUUUCUUGGGGAAUCAAGAUGUGGCGCAAAUAUGCCUGUUGCUUUUGGAGUAUUGUUACUUCAAGGUCUUCUCUGCCAACAGAGCAAGGAAAUAUGUGUGUAUAUACUAACAUAUGUAUAUGCAUGUGUCUACAAUCAUGUCUGAAUGUAUUCAUCUGUGUUUUUAUUUUGUGUACAUGAGUUCAUAUUGAUGUCUUCAACUCUAAUCCACUACAACAUUUCUAGCUACUUCCUCUUAGUUAUCUGUGUAGCCUCCUAUUACAACAGUAAGAAACAUGAAUCCACCUUCUGUCACAUACUUACUUAAUUAUUCAAAUCCAGUAUAUACUCAGUAUGACAGUCUCUUAUGUGGUAUCUUGUAUGCCUAUGGGAGAUAACUUCAUUGACUAGAACUGGUGCUUAUGUACAUGAUAGUAACAUUUUUAGAAUUCUAAAAACUCUUUGAAACAAAAUUGUCUAAAAAAUUCUAGAGUUAGGGACUUUUUGUGUUCUCAAUUCUAACUUAUCUCUAAAACAUGUUGGGAUAUCAGGGAACUUACUGAUCUUCUAAAGUGUGCUACUUCUUAUAUAAGGGGAUAGAUGGAAAACAAACUGGGUAAAGCUGAUUUGAAGAAACACUAAGCACUAUCUUUUUCUCUGCUAAAUAUGGAUCUCUGGCAAAUGGUAUAGUACCCUGAGUUACCUCUCUUCCCCCAACUUCUAGGCAAGUCACAUCACCUCUCUGUGCCUCUAUAAACCCAUCUGCAAAAUGGGAAUCCAUAUAUCUACCUCACCAAAGUGUUGUGAGGCUUUUUAUUAAUAAGUAUUUAAAAACUGAUUAGAGAUCUCUAAAUGAUAAGAAAGUAUUAUAAUCAUUACUAUGAUGAUAACUAUAGUACCAUAUAUUUACUGUAUGGAAAGAUUAGGCCUCUUAGGGGAUAUAUAGGUAAAUUGGAGUCUGUAAGAAAGAUAAUUGUAGAGUGGCCACUGGAAGCAAUAUUAUUUCUUCUCAUUCUCAUGUUUCCUACAUAUUCUCUCUCUCUCUUUAUUAACACUUGAAUUAUUAUUUGUUUCUAGACUUUAAAUACAUUAGGAUCUAAAAAGGAUAGGCAGGUAAAAUACAAUUUCAAAAUUGUAUUUUUCUUUCUUACUCUACCUAGACUGUAUUACAUAUCACUUUGCCAGAAGCACAAAGGCCAUUUCUCAAAUCCCCUCAGUUUUCACUAAAAUUUAGUUUCACCAGUUACAUUUUAUCUUCAUUUACUGUACAUUCAACAGUAAAGGUAGGAGGGGAGUUGGGUGGGGUGGUUGGGAUGGGAGUGGACUGGAGGAGGAUGGAAUUUAUAUGGGUGUGUUUCAAACAUUGGUAUGACUUUCCAUUUCCUUUUUGGUGGUGGGUUGGGGGCAAGGGAAGAGAUCCUAUUUUGUUAACAAUUAAGUUCUCUUUCUUGCCUAGUCAAUGUUUCCUAGAGUUAGUAUGAAUAGCUGUGUUAGACAUUACUUUUAUAACUAUGUUGUGUACAGUGCUGUUCUCAUUGUAUUCCUGAAUUAAAGGGAAAGUCCCCAGUGGUGUUUAUCUUUUCUUUUGGAUAGGAGGUAAUAUCCAGGAGAGCAGUGCCAGAAACUGACUCUCAUUUUUAUGUUGGGAUAAGGAGCCUGCAGUGAAGGGACGUGCUGAGAUUUGUCAUUAUUUAUUUAAAGAAAUUAUAAAACAAGAUAUUAAGAAUUAAGUUUCUUUGAUUUUUAUGUUUGUAUCUCAUUAUUUUAGUGCUUUAGAGCAUCGCUCUGUUUUCACUCCGUUUUAUACUUGUUCCUGUUCCAGAGGUAUGGCUUUGAGGAAUCUCUUAUAUACAAAUCUGUCAUACAUCUGAACAUACUUAAGAAUUGCCUCAGUUAGCAUGGCUACUUAGAGAUCACUCUUGUAGCUCAGUGGGGCACUUCCAUUGUGGCACCCAGGAUGGGUGCAUGCUUCAGUACUAAGCAAUCAUGUUUUGUUGGAUGACUGUACUUUUAUUAAUAAAAUGUUUAAACUUUAGAAACCAUGGAUAUUAUGUUCAGUUUAUCUUCAUGUUAUAUUUAUUCAACAUGGCACAAGUAGCUCAUUUAUUUCCCUCUAACUGGGUAAGCUGUGAUGGAAGUACUCUAUAGUAUCAUAUAUCAACAAUGUAUUUCCCUCUAACUGGGUAAGUUGUGAUGGAAGUACUCUAUAGUAUCAUAUAGCAACAAUGUAAGCCAGGCUGUCUCAUGCAGUAAUUUAUUUAAGCAUACAAGGUCCUACCCAUUCUUAAUAUAUCCAGCCAUAUUCAUGAAUGGGGCUUGAUGACGACUGUCUUUUAUAUGUUUCCUAUAAAGGAUUCCAGAAGAGUUCAUUGUGGUAAAAUCUCUAUUGGCUAGGUUCCUCUGCCCAAUCGUGUUAUUCUUGGCCAUUGUGGUUUUCUUUAUGGGAAGUAAAGAAGGAGAAGAGGAUAUGGGGACAUUUUUAAACCUCAAAAACAUCUCGAUACAAUACUAAUCUUGAGUGGAGUUGUAGGAAAUUUCUCAUAGGAAACUUUUUCAGAGAAACAAUGACACAAAAUAGAGUGAGGGAUAUUCUGUAAAGGAGAUUUAGCCCAAAAGUUGGAAGGAAAAAAAGUGACUUCCUAGGUCUACUGGAAUGAGAUUUGUUAUUUUAUGAGGUAGAGUCUGAGCUCAGGCUGAACUGGAAUUCACUAUGUAGUCUCAGGGUGGCCUCAAACUCAGUGAUCCUCCUACUUCUGCCUCCUGAGUGCUGGGAUUAAAGGCGUGCACCACUCCUGGCUCACAUUCAAUCUUGAAUGAGACAAAACAGAACAGGAAAGCAAAGUCAAAUAAUAAAAUGAUUGGUAAUAAUACAGUAGAAAAAGAAAUAGACCAGACUUUUACAAAGGGUAAAUAAUGAUUCAAGCCUUUUAGGCCUCCCAAUUAAACCCUGAGUGUGGGCUGCUACAUGCCACAUAGGACAAUCACAGCCACCCUAAGUGUAAUGCAAACAUAAGCUAUAUUUAUAAAGCUAUCAUCGGUUGUAACCUUACUUUACGGUUUGGUUUUGCUUUCCUGUUGGGUGUUUAAAACCAUGGCCAAAAAUAACCAUUUUCCUCUUUCUUGUCAGUUGAGGCUCAUUAGAGGCUACUCUUGGGUACUCAGAAGGAGCCCCAUUGGCUUCUUUAGUGUUUGUCUAACAGUCAUGCCAACUGCUAGGUUGGGUCAAGGACUUGCUAUGCAUGUGACUCUCUCAGAAACAUUGAGGAGAUUGUCUUCUAUAUUAAUCAUCCUCUUUAUGGAAUGCACAACCUUUAGAGCCCAAACUGUGGGGCUUCUAUAGCCUCUCUAAUCAAGAUGACAGUUGUCUUACCAGAACUAUACAACCACUUUAGAGGUCUCCUAUUGUUCUCUGGUCCUUAGGUACUUAAUUAACCUGGGAGCUGGGACCAAAAUAUUGGUUAUUUAAUGCCUUGGUCCUCCACGUAUUGUUCUUGAACACCCAGAAAGUUAGUUGAACCAGUAUAGAAGAACAAAUUAUGUGUUAAAUUUAGUUGUUGUACAACUUAAAGCUUAAUAAACACAAUUAUUAAAUAAA